AUGCCGCCGGACACCACCGAGUCCGAACCUUCCACCUCCGCCUCCGCCGCCCCGGCCGGCACGGAGCCGUUGGCCUGCGUCUCGUGCAGGGCCCGGAAACUGAAAUGUGAUCGCACAAAGCCGGCAUGCAGCCGUUGUGUCAAGGUUUCAAAUGAGUGCACCUAUCCAGAGUCACGGCGGAAGCCAACCUUUAAGCGAAGAAACGUUAAAGAGCUUGAAGCACGCCUAGCUCAGGUUGAAGACUACCUCAAAGAGGUGAAUAAGAACAUCGACGAAAAGACUGACGAUGAGAGCCCCGUUCAACCGGCUCAGCCGGAGAUAGAGGUUCCCAACUUUACUGGCGUGCCUCGGCUGGGGAAUGACUCUGAACAACCUCAAAUGUCAUUCUUUGGUCCAGAUUACUUUGAACAGUCGAAUGAAACAGAAAAUCCUCCCAACACUCAGUUGAUGGGGUUGGGUAUGACAGAGUCUUUGCCCCCAGAUGAAGUGAUGGAGGAACUGAACACUACUUUCUUCCAACAUCAGUACCAGAUGAUACCUAUCGUUCAUCCCGGGCGUUAUCUCCAGGCUUUCUAUGGACCCCCUAUGAGAAAGCCCCCUAUGUGCCUACAGUACAUAAUAUGGGCGCUGACUUCUGUUGGUCAUGCCAAGUACAACCAGUAUCAUGAGGUCUUUUACCGUCGGGCCCGGCAGUAUAUCGAAGCAGACGAGAUGAAGGGCCAUGGAGAAGUCUUUGUCUCUAUCAACCACACGCAGGCGUGGGCUCUCAUUGCCUUUUAUGAGGCAAAGGUCAUGCUAUUCAGCAGAUCAGCCAUGAGUAGUGCAAACUGCGUCCGCCUCUGCCACAUGAUAGGACUUGAUCGCCUCGAUGGAGAGCGUCUUGGAAUGCCACCGCCCUUGCCACCCGCUCUCACGUGGGCAGAGCUUGAAGAACGGAGGAGAGUCUUUUGGGGUGCCUUUUCGAUCGAUGCCCAUUGCUGCAUUUCGACAGGCUGGCCCAGCUUGAUCAACAAAGACGACAUUGCUACUCGACUGCCAGCCUCGGAAGAUGCAUUCCUCGCUGACCGGGAAGAAGAAGCCCCUUUUCUGGCCGACGCAUUCCGAGGAGCACAGUACACGGGAUUUGCAGGGACCGUCAUCACUUGCGAGGUCUUUAAGAGCAUUCUCCGGCAUGUUCAUAAUGCUCGACCCGACGACGGAUGUGACGAUGUCAUGAACGGGACAUACUGGACUCGGCAUCGUGAGCUGGACAACACCUUGUCCAGUCUCUUCAUGUUUCUCCCUGAAAAGUUCCGCAUGCCCGAGAACAUACGGGACGCUUCUGCCACGCAUCUGAACCUCAACCUACAUGCCUCUAUCAUUUGCCUUCAUCAUGCGGCUAUUGAGAAGGUCGAGAAGCAUGGCCUACCUGACCACAUCAAGCAGAACAGUAUCGCUCGCCUCCGAGCGGCUGCCGAGGAAGUAGUAAACAUUAUCAGGAUCAACACACAUGCGACACUCUUCUUUAGAAGUCCAUUGUGCGCUCUGUCGCUUUACUGCACAACGACGGUCUAUGUUUACCUGGCCAAGCAGAACCCAACAGGGGGCCUGACUUCGAUCGACCUUUCAAACCUCGACCUUAUCAUCCAAGCCAUGGAAGCUAUUGCACGAACACAUACUAUCACUCGCGCCUUUCUCCAGCAGGCGUGUCUCGACAUUGAGCACAAUGGCCUCAACUCUUCGAUACGAAUGCCCUCGCUCAAGAGGUUCCGCAACGCCUUUGGGGAGGGCAAGUCUCAUGUCCCUAUGCUGGUUCGAAGUACGGUGGCAAAACAUACGGAGCCAUCAUCUCUCUUCUUCGUGCACAAGAGCAGUUCAGAUGCAGAACAAGAGGCCCGCAUGAAGAAUCAUCGACCAGGUAAGGACUGCUUCCUUGGCAUGCUUGGCGCCGUCACCCGCAAUGUCGCACCCCCGAGCCAAGAGGACCCGGCGACAAACAAGAGGAAGCGGAUGUCUUCAAGCCCAGGGCCUGAAAUGAUGAACAGUCAGCGUGGUAACUUGCUAUCGUCCUUCACUGCCUCUGGAGUAAACCUGGGACCCGGGUUCGCGGCUACAGGGACUUGGCCAUCUCUCUCACCUCGCCAUCCUCGCCAGCGAACCAAUGCUCUGGAGCUAGAACAGUAUCUGGGAGCAGCCAUACCUCACCAGAUAUCGGGCUCGGCAACACUGCAGAGGACAACCGAAUUGAUCUAA